AUGUCGACAUGUCUGCGAGUAUGUGGGGCUUAUUCAUUUCGACUAACAAGAAGGCAUUCAACUAUUCUACUUAUAGCUUUAUUUAUAGUAAUUUUGACAGUCACACUUCAGCUUUAUGCCUACAAAAAUCAAGCGAUGCCAAAUUUUUCACCAAAAGUCGGAGAUUUCGAUUAUAUACCAGGAACAUUUUUAAGAGAUAAACAGCCAAACGAGAAUAUAAGUUAUUGUCAAUUUAACUAUGGUCUACCUAAGGCAAUAGAAUGGGACAACAUUCAGCCUCUCUUUCCUCCUGAAGAAGGUACAAAAAGUUCAUAUCGGGUAAUUUAUAAUGCUAUUCAAGGACAAGCGUAUGCAAAUAACUCCAAGUAUAAUGCGCUGACGUACGCCACUCAAGCUACUCCAGAAUUUCUAUACCAUAUCACGGAAAUAGCGAGAUACUGGGAUGGUCCGAUAAGCUUGGCAGUUUUUGUGCCAAAUUUCGAUAUGGAUAUCACAAUGCAAAUCAUGAGUCACCUAUGUAGUUGCUAUUCUGCUAUGUCCAAAGUGUCACUGCAUCUUUUUUAUCCAAAACGGCAUCCACCAAAAAUAAGAAUUCCUGAGCCAUUUUAUGUAACCACCGAUAUUCCGACUACUACUGCAAAUGUUUCGAUGGAGGAUCUAUUAAAAGAAAAGAUUGAUAGAUAUAGGAGCUUAAACAACCAGACGAGAGCUGAAUAUGUCCAAUGGGUUAGAAAAAAGAAAGUGGAAAGAAUGAUGGCUAAGUUUUCUAAGAAAGCACUGUUUGUUCCUCAAUUGGUAUUUAACGAUUGCGCUGGGUUAGAUCUUUUCGACAUACCAACGUUUAGAAGAGAGAAUUUCUUGGAUUAUCCGAUAAAUGUGGGUAGAAAUAUAGCAAGAAAUGCAUCGCUGACAAACUACUUCAUAGUCUCCGAUAUUGAGUUGGUACCCAGCGAAGGAUUAGCUCCGAAAUUUCUGACAAUGGUGAGGAAACUUAUGGGUGAUAAGAAAAGAGACGAGGGACGUAUAUUCUCUAAGACGGUCUUUGUUGUACCUCUGUUCGAAGUGGAAAGGGGUGUUGAGAUACCUCAUGACAAAGACACGUUAGUUCGUUUAAUAAAUGAAAACCGUGCGAAGUAUUUCCAUCAGAAGGUUUGUGCUCAUUGUCAAAGAUUCCCUGGCUUGCAAUCUUGGCUGAUACGUCCGUCACCUAGUGUUAUCGAGCCGAUGUUGAUCGCCCGGAGGGAAUAUCCUUAUCACAGAUGGGAGCCCUUGUAUUUCGGCACUCAGAACGAACCGUGGUACAGCGAGCAGCUUUCUUGGGAAGGACGUCAGGAUAAAAUGACUCAGAUGCUAGAAAUGUGUCUCCAAGAAUAUCGGAUGGUUGUACUGGAUGGCGCUUUUCUCUGCCACGCUGCGGCAUCAAGGAAUGCGUCAAGAAAGUACAAGGCUGAGAGGAUCAACCAUCGACGCUAUCAGAUCAUAAUAUCAUCUCUAAAACAAAAGUACCAAAAUAUACCUAAAUGUAAAAUAAUGUAUGGGUGUUAAAAACUUAGUGUAUGUGCUAAUGUGUAAGUGGUUGGAUCAUAACGAAGUCGAG